UAACUCAUAAGCCCUAGGCCUUGCACUACAUUUUGGGACAAUCUGCAAGAAAGAACGGGAAGAUCUCCCUCUUUCUCAGAGUUGUGGCCAUGGCAUUGGAAACGUAUGCAUCACAAAACGCAGACAAAGUCCACACCGACGUCCUCUUGCAAGCUAGAGAAGCUUGCUAUAAGGCGCGUGAUGCAUUUUACGCAUGUUUUGAGAAAGAAUCGAACAAGAAACCAACCGAAAUUGCGUCCGUGGGACUGCUCUAUCCAGUGGAAUGCAAGAAAACUAGGGAGGAAUAUGUGAAUCAGUGCAGACCCACUUGGGUGAAGCAUUUUGACAGGCAAUACUGUGCUAAAAAGAGGGUUCAGAGGCUUUUGGAUGAUAACGAGUCCAGAAGAGGUCCUUUGUCACUUCCACAGGCUUACACUUUUAAACCCCCUAGUAAUUGAAUUUGACCUAUAUAGUUUGGAAUAUUGGGCUAUCUAGGUUGUCUUUGGUAUUGAUUUUGUUGGAUGUUAAUGAAUUUAUAGUUGUAUAGUGACUGCAGCAGAAAUUUCAAUUCCUAAUGGACUAGUAGUGGUUAUAAUUGAAAGGAAAACGAAAUUUUAAGUUUUUGAAUAUUAAAUUGUUUCGGAG